CCUGAGACUGAGACCGUGAACCACCGAGCCACAUGCACACAUAGCACAGACUGCGCGUCCUGCACCUGCAACUGCAAACACGUACAACGUACGUGUGCGCGCACUCCUCCAUUAUACCAAGUGAAGAAGAGAUGGUCUGCGGCGUUUACCACGGCAGCGCUCGCGCCGUCCUCCUGGCCGUCGCCGUCGCGCUCGUCGUCGGCGUCGGCGGCGGCGCGGCCCAGCAGCAGCAGCUGAGCGAGAAGUUCUACGAGGGCUCAUGCCCGCAGGUGCACAGGGUGGUGCGGCGGGUGCUGAAGGCGGCGCACCGUGCCGACGCGCGCAUCUACGCCAGCCUCACCCGCCUCCACUUCCACGACUGCUUCGUGCAGGGCUGCGACGGCUCCAUCCUGCUGGACAACAGCUCCAGCGUCGUGUCGGAGAAGUAUGCGAGGCCCAACAACAACUCGGCGCGCGGGUUCGAGGUGGUGGACGAUGUCAAGGCGGCUCUCGAGAAGGCCUGCCCCGGCGUCGUCUCCUGCGCCGACAUCCUCGCCAUCGCCGCCAAGGUCUCCGUCGAGCUGUCCGGAGGCCCACGGUGGCGCGUCCCGCUCGGCCGGCGCGACGGCACCACGGCCAACAUCACCGGGGCCAACAGCCUCCUCCCGAGCCCCCGCAACAACCUCACCAUCCUCCAGCGCAAGUUCGCCGCCGUCGGCCUCGACGACACCGACCUCGUCGCCCUCUCAGGUAAACGACAACCCACACCUCAUCAUCGUCUGCAAGCUCUUGAUCAUGCCGUGAUUCUGACGCUCGUUGCUUCGUGGAUCGCAGGCGCGCACACGUUCGGGCGCGCGCAGUGCCAGUUCGUGACGGACCGGCUCUACAACUUCAGCAAGACGGGCAAGCCGGACCCGACGCUGGACGGAGGCUACCGGGCGCUGCUGGCGGCGAGCUGCCCGCGGCGGGGCGGGAACAAGACGGCGCUCAACGACCUCGACCCGGCCACGCCCGACGCCUUCGACAAGAGCUACUUCGCGAACCUCGAGGCCAACCGCGGGUUCCUCCGCUCCGACCAGGAGCUCUUCUCGGCGCCCGGCGCGCCCACGGCGGCCAUCGUCGACCGCUUCGCCAGCAGCGAGAAGGCCUUCUUCAGGAGCUUCGCUGCGUCCAUGAUCAAGAUGGGGAACGUCAAGGUGCUGACGGGCGGCCAGGGGGAGGUUCGGAAGAACUGCAGGAUGAUCAACGGAAGCUAAAAAACGGGGAGGCAUGAUCAGAUUGUAAAUGUGAUCACGCAUUUUUUUUUUAAUUAUUCCAUCUAGGGAUGCGCUCAACCUUGUACGUUCUUUAAACACUUUAUUUAAUUUACAUGAAUCUGUUCGUGAUUUAUGCA